CCGCCGAUAUGGGACGGAGAGCUUGUGAGCUCGCCCUCGGCCAAUAAUAGCAAUAAUGCAUGUACCUUACUAGGAGUAUUGUAGUUAGAAAUACCUAACUACACCCAGAAUUGUACUAGUGCUGGAGACACUUUGAAUCAUUCAAGUGAUAGAUAGUCAGUUACAUGAAACAAAAGCCCCAUAGAUUGUACUUUGAUAAAGGGAAGGAGGAAAUCAACCUUGGAGCUCUCCUCAACGAACGUUCUCCUUUACCAUAAUUUCCUCGAUAUAAGCGUGGCGCCAAACUUGGACGAUCCGAAUAUUUAUUCCGUCUCCUGAUUCCACCAUUUCUAUCCCCUGAACUCUCUCACGUUUUCUUCAUCCCAGGUACUCUUCUUGGCCUGUUCAAUAGGAUCAACGUAUCAUGUUAGAUAUAUCCCCUGAGCAGAAUGAGUUCAUCGUCCCAAGUUCAAGCUUCAAGAAACGAAAGAGGGAUUCAACCCAGACUGAUCUUCCUAAUUCGAUAAACACAAUUCUUCCAUCACACUUUCAUAGCUUGAAUUCCUCCUUCCGUUUAAAUUGUUCAGAUCUAUCGAAAGACAACGAAGAGUUUUCUCCGCACCUACAAUGCCUUCCCCGAAAACGACGAGUCCUCCAGCAACCUUAUCCUUACUCACAGCAACAACCCUCACAAUCAUUGCCGGUUUCUCAUCAAUCCCACCCCAAUUCAGUACAAAAUAAGCAUUUACCCUCAGCACUUUGCAUUCCUACGUCUGCGAAUGUUUCAUCGCCGCCAGUAUCUCCCAAAACCCUAGUACCUCGCUAUCCAGCCCAGCAAAAUUUCUGCACAUCCGCGUCAGUUCUACGCUCCUGCCACAUAUGUCAUCGAAAACCAAAUACGAGAGAGCUCGUCGAAGCCUAUGCCGACUGCGAUCUAUGCAACCAGCGAACCUGCUAUAUCUGCCUCCGCCGGUGUGACGCUGUCGACUGUAUUGGACUGGGCGAUUUUGCAGAUCAACAGCCGUGGGGGGGAGCGUUGGACCGAAGGCAAGAAGGAACAGAUCAGAGUGAGCUGCAGACCCUCAGGCAAUCCCGGAAGAUAUGCUCGUCUUGUGCUGUGGAGGGAAUUACUGAAACUGGAUUGGAAGUGGUGCGAUGCCUAGACUGCGCUUACGAAAACCACCACUAGGGAAUUUUUUUUUUUUUUAAUUUUAAAUACACGGCAGAUGCGGCAUCUGGACAGAACUUUUGAUAUCCUUGAGGUGCUGCGAGGGUUUGCGGCUCUCUUAUGUCUUUUUACGGCACGAAAUAAUUUUAAUGACAGCACUUAGACUAUUUAUUCUAUAGCGUAUUUUGCUUUGAAGCCAGACCACCUGAUGAAAAUAUUUCUUGCAUCUGCAGUCAACACCAACUGAGAAGAGUGACAUAAAAAACUACAGGAAGUGUGUGAGCGGCUGAAUUCCACAUUAUUUCAGCGAAACAUCUAUUGCGCUCCUGUUCACAAGCUGUCU